AUUCACGCAUGCGCUCGUGAGAGUGCUGUAAUGGUGGACAACAACAUGGAGGAAAAACUGAGUCACGUUUCUGUAAUGGUUGUAAAUCAACACUUAGACUCAGUAAUAAGAUACUAAUGAAUCAUAAUAAUGGCAUAUUAAUCAAACGUUCUCUAAAGCCAUGGCUGAUAAUAAUAUAGAUAGAGGAUCGGAAAUAGAAUCUGAUGUGCAAACUGUUGCAAAUGUGAACGAGACAAGCGAAACUAAGGACCUCACUAAGGUCGAUUUUGUGAAAAAUCCAGCUGAUGGAUUAGUGCUGAACAGCAAAAUCAAACACAGGAAAGAGGCAAAUGGGUUAAUAAAUCACAUUUUAAAAGCCCCUGAAGAGUAUGAUCAAGCAGAGAGUGGCGAUUCUGGCCAAGGAAGCAGCUGCCAAGACUGUGAACAUGGUCAUCCCGAUACAGAUGUAUCAGAAGUGGCUGUUGGUCUAACGUCGUUGUCAGUGUCAAGCCAGUCCCCACAAGCUCAACUUUCACCAGUAUCUCAAAGAGACAUUAGAGAAGGCAUUGAAUAUGUCGUGUAUGAAUCCGAAAAACAGAUGCCAGAUAUAAUGAGGCUCAUUACGAAAGACUUGUCAGAACCUUAUUCAAUUUACACUUACAGAUACUUCAUUCAUAAUUGGCCCAAACUGUGUUUCCUGGCUAUGGACCAGGAGAAGUGUGUGGGGGCUAUCGUCUGCAAGCUAGACAUGCACAAGAAGAUGGUCCGUAGAGGCUACAUAGCCAUGCUAGCUAUAGAUGCAGAUUAUAGGAGAAGGAAAAUAGGAUCCAAUUUAGUGACGAAGGCAAUCAGAGCCAUGAUAGCUGAUGACUGUGAUGAAGUUGUCCUGGAGACAGAGAUCACAAACAAGGCAGCAUUGCGACUGUAUGAGAACCUGGGUUUUGUCCGAGACAAGCGACUGUUUCGAUAUUACUUGAAUGGUGUGGAUGCUCUCAGGUUGAAACUUUGGCUUAGAUAGGACACUCUCAGAACUUCCCAAUAUUUUUGAUUUCAGAUGAAUAAUACAGAUGUGUAAAUUAUUUGUGACACUUUGUUGUGGAGCUUUCAGAGAAUAAAUCUCCAUGUAUGUACACUUUUA